CGGACACAUCAGAAAGACGGAGAAGGAAACAUGGCGUUCAGCUUCGGCGGCGGGACCUCGAGCACCCCGAGCUCGUCUGGGUUUUCAUUCGGUUCAUUCAGUGCCAAAACAACAGCGUCCACAACUUUUGGCUUUGGUACCGGUACCACCACAACUACCGCCUCAUCCGGAUUUGGUAGUCUCUCUGCCCCGGCUUUCGGGGCGACCACCACCACCACGCCUUCCACUGGGUUCGGCUUCGGCUCCACAACCGCUGGAUUUGGGGGUUUGGGGACAGUGAGCACCAACGCUGGGGGUUUUAGUUUCGGGGGGUUAAACACUAACCCAGCGGCGGUUAACUUUAACGCGGGGAGCUUCGGGGCUCCGCCCACCACCGCCACGGUGUUUAAUUUCGGAAAUAGCCUCAGCGGUGCAGGUGCGUUUGGAGGUUUUGGUACCACCACCACCUCGGCUCCUGCCGGCUCUACGUUCAGCUUCUCCAACCCUGCUAACACAGGCGGCGGGCUGUUCGGAAACACCCAGAACAAAGGCUUCGGGUUUUCAUCUGGUCUGGGAACAGGGACCGGUCCCGGGACGGGCUUCGGGGCGGCGUUGGGAGGCGGAGGUCUCGGCUUCGGGGGCUUCAACCUCCAGUCCACGCAGCCGCAGCAAGGAGGGCUGUUCGGCCAGCAGGCCCAAGCUACAGCGCAGUCUAAUCAUCUCAUCAACACGGCCAGCGCUCUCUCCGCACCCACGCUGUUGAACGACGAGCGCGACGCCAUCCUGGCCAAAUGGAACCAGCUGCAGGCUUUCUGGGGCACCGGCAAGGGCUACUUUAACAACAACAUCCCACCCGUGGACUUCACCCAGGAGAACCCUUUCUGCAGAUUCAAGGCGGUGGGUUUCAGCUGCGUCCCCAGCAGUAAGGACGAGGACGGCCUGGUGGCUCUGGCCGUCAAUAAGAAGGAGGUGGACAUUCGCAGUCAACAGCAGCAUCUGGUCGAGUCUCUGCACAAAGUCCUGGGUGGAAACCCGACGCUCGCUGUGAACGUUGAGGGAGUUAAAGCUCUGCCCGAUGACCAGACCGAGGUUAUAAUCUACGUGGUGGAGCGCUCGCCCAACGGGACGUCCAAACGGGUUCCUGCCUCCACGCUGUUCAGCUACGUGGAGCAGAUCAACAUUAAGAGCCAACUGCAGCAGCUCGGGGUGUUAAUGAGCGUCCCUCGGACCGCUCUGUCUCCUGCGCAGCUCAAACAGGUGCUGCAGAAUCCUCCUGCAGGUGUCGAUCCAAUCAUAUGGGAGCAGGCUAAAGUGGACAAUCCUGACCCUGAGAAACUCAUCCCGGUGCCCAUGGUCGGUUUUAAGGAGCUGCUGCGCAGGCUGAAGAUUCAAGAACAGAUGACUAAACAGCACCAGACCAGAGUAGACAUCAUCGCCACAGACAUCAGUGAGCUUCAGAAGAACCAGGCCACCACCGUGGCCAAGAUCGCUCAGUACAAGAGGAAGCUGAUGGACCUGUCACACAGAGUUCUGCAGGUGCUAAUCAAACAGGAAAUUCAGCGGAAGAGCGGCUACGCCAUCCAGGUGGAUGAAGAGCAUCUGCGUGUGCAGCUGGACACCAUUCAGUCUGAGCUCAACGCUCCCACACAGUUUAAGGGUCGGCUGAACGAGCUGAUGUCGCAGAUCCGGAUGCAGAAUCACUACGGCGCGGUGCGGGCGGAGGAGCGGUACAUGGUCGACACCGACCUGCUCCGGGAGAUCAAGCAGCAUCUGAAGCAGCAGCAGGAGGGUCUGAGUCACCUGAUCAGUGUGAUAAAGGACGACAUGGAGGACAUCAAGAUCAUCGAGCAGGGACUGCAUGAUAGUGUACACAUGAGGGCCGGAAAACUCAGCUGACAUCGUGGAGAACAUACACACACACACACACACACACACACACACACUGCUAGCUUUCUCUAACAGGCAUGUUCACAUGUGACUAGUUCAUUGUCUGUAGCAACACACACAAUAAACAUGUUAACGAAUCAGCGUGUCUCUGUGACUUAGAAUAUUCUGCAUUGUUGGAAUAUUUUACAGCUAAGCAAUGAUGUGUGUGUGUGUGUGUGUGUGUGUGUGUGUGUGUGUGGAGAGAGAAAUCAUUGCAGAUUCUUUUAGUCAGUCUUUAUGUAAAUAUGAAUUUUAACACGAAUCCUUGACCCUGGAUUAAAUAAAGUUUUCUGGUUACAAUAAACACAAA